GCGGUUGGGCGGGACUUAACGGUUGCCGGGAGGAGAAGGUGUUGUUGGUGCUGCCGCUGCUGCUUGGGGCCGGUUGGAGAUUGGGAAUUAGAGAACUGAAUCUUGUUACCAGAACAAAAUUAGUCUGAUGACUGAAGUUUUUUUUUACUAGAGUGAAUAACCAAAUUGGUAACGAUGGCUGACUCUGAGACUGUAAGGAUUGCUCCUGAAAUGCCAGCCAUGUUUGAUGGGAUGAAGUUGGCUGCAGUCGCCGCAGUGCUAUACAUCAUUGUAAGAUGUCUGAAUCUUAAGAGCCCAACUGCAUCUCCAGAGCUGACUUUCCAAGAUACCCCACUCACACGAUUCUUGCUGAAAUCAUGCCCUCUGCUGACCAAAGAAUACAUCCCACCCCUGAUCUGGGGAAAGAGUGGACAUGUACAGACUGCAUUAUAUGGUAAAAUGGGGCGUGUAAGCUCUCCUCAUCCCUAUGGUCUCCGCAAAUAUAUCUCUAUGCCUGAUGGGGCAACUGCUACUUGGGAUCUUUUUGAGCGUUUGGCAGAACAUAACACUGGAGAUGAUAUUACUAUGGUGAUUUGCCCUGGGAUAGCUAAUCACAGUGAAAAACAGUAUAUACGAACAUUUGUUGACUAUGCCCAGAAGCAUGGCUACCGAUGUGCUGUUCUCAACCAUCUUGGUGCAUUGCCAAACAUUGAGCUUACUUCUCCUCGUAUGUUUACGUACGGUUGUACUUGGGAGUUUGGCGCCAUGGUAAAUUACAUAAAGAAAACCUUCCCUCAGACCCAGCUGGUUGUCGUGGGCUUCAGUCUGGGUGGAAACAUUGUUUGCAAAUACCUUGGAGAGAAUCGAGCAAACCAGGAGAAGGUGCUUUGUUGCAUCAGUGUCUGUCAAGGCUACAGUGCGCUGCGGGCACAGGAAACAUUCCUCCAAUGGGAUCAAUGUCGAAGGUUUUAUAACUUUCUAAUGGCAGACAACAUGAAAAAGAUUAUAUUGUUUCACAGAAAAAUGCUAUUUGGAGAAAAUGAGUUCAGAACACCAAAUCCUCUGGCAGAUGUAGACCUUAGCAAACUUUAUACAGCAACUUCCCUGAUGCACAUUGAUGAUAACAUCAUGAGAAAGUUCCAUGGGUAUGACACGCUGAAGGAAUAUUAUGAAAAAGAAAGCUGUAUGCACUAUCUUCACAAUAUCCAGAUUCCCCUUCUACUAGUGAAUGCUUCUGAUGAUCCCCUAGUACACGAAAGCUUGCUGACCAUCCCUCGUUCACUUGCAGAGAAAAAAGAAAAUGUCAUGUUUGUGUUAACUCUGCAUGGUGGUCACCUUGGAUUCUUUGAAGGAGCAGUGCUCUUUCCAAAACCUUUAACUUGGAUGGAUAAGCUUAUUGUAGAAUACACAAAUGCCAUCUGUCACUGGGAGAAAAACAAGCCCCAGUGCACAGCAGCUGGAGACCAGAGCUGCUCGGACCUCAGUGAUUAACUAUUGCACAGACCUGAUUUGCCAAACUCUCUCUCCAAUCAUUUAGCCCUUUUAUCAUCGUUACAUUCCUGAUCUGGGUUCUGACUACCUUAAAACUAAUCCCUGCUAUUAAUGUAGUUCAACCAGCAGAAUUAUACUCUUUUAUCACAACUCUUUAAAAAUGAUUGCAAGACCCUUUUCUAUGCCUUUCUCCACUAAAAGCAACUUGGAGCACACACAAAAUGAUGACUCACUACAUUUGCACAACAACACAGUUUUGUAGUGAAUAGAACAUGAUAUAAGAGUUACUGUUACCACACUUAUAUCUGGUACCAGUAGGUUUGAGCAAAUGAGCAACAUUUAGGGUUCCCAGAAGUUAACUGUGUGUUUUGCAGGAGCUCAUUUGUUUAAAAAUUGUGCCUUCUCUUAUAUAUUUUUUAAUUUAUGAAAAAAGGCAUUUAUUUUUUUGCCCUACCAAGAGAUCCAGUUUUGGUCAUUUGAUCAGAUUAAAAGCAGCAAAGUGUUUUAAGUUAAAAAAAAUAAAUUUGCGAAGUGAAGACUUCCAUUGGCUUUUGUUUUUUUAGAUAAACAAAAUGUAGAAUUUUCACUCAGCAAAAACUCUUGCAAAGUUAUUUUAUUACUUCUGAUUGCUCCUCCUUGACAGGUAGCCCAGAUUCACAGUUGAGCCGUAUGAUCUGCAGCUGUGGUGCAACUUGCCACUGGAAUGAGUCUCUCUCAAACUCAAUUGUUUGCAUUUCCAUGGCACUUAUUACUGCAAUGUUUGAUCACUAUUUUAGCCUUUUAAAAGAAAAACACAGUCCGAUAAAUAUUGUUUUGAAAUAAAAUGAUCACAAACAAUUUCCAUUUGAACCCAUAAAUUUCUACCUUUUUGUAAAAUUUUUGCAAAUGCAGUGGCAUGGAAGCUGCUGCAACUGAUUCAUGGCAUAAAUGUGGGAUAGAUCUACAUUUAUUGAAAAAUAAUUUUUAAAAAGUUAUGUAUUCUCCAUUUAUAAAUGCUGACCUAUAUAGAGAUUAUUCCACUGGAGAACUUUGUAUAUGCUCAGUCAUUCCAGCUAGUAUAAAAUUAGCCCUAAAUCCUCUUAUUCUGAUUGAUGGCCUAUUCUGUUGCCUGGUCGAUAUUUUGUGUAUGCAUAGCCCUUAAUAUGCUCAAAUCAAAGAAAUGAGAAAUAGUGUAAGUUGCAGAGAGGUUUGUUACAUUGCUGACUCAUGAUCAGUCCUGAAAGCUUAUUUGCUGUCAGUACUAUAAAACUGUUUCCUAGGUUUACUCCUGAUUGGUGCUGAGUUAGCUAAUUUCAGUCAGAGAAGCAAUAGGAAAUGCUUCAGUUGGGCACUGCGUUCCUAGGGAUAAAUGGAAAAAUCAUUGCCUUCCCCUCUCUGAUCGCUUUCCAAUAGCUUCUGCAGCCAACUAACAUCCAUUAUGUGGGAAUGGCCUGUGAGAUACAAGAAUGCAGUUGCUGUCUGUGGAGUUGUAGUACCAUCAGAAGAGAACAAAGUUGAGAAACCCAUGUUAUCCAAUGUUGAACAACUGAUGGCUUAUCCCUUUUCAUUACCAAACAGACCCAUCCUACAUUGUCCAUUUCCAAACUGUAUGAUAUUUAGUCUGUCAACCAACAGCAGAUAAGCAUGAGAUUUUAUUGAACAUCCUGUUAUGAUUUGGGGUUUCAAUGCUUCCUAGAUGUAUAACAUUGGUCAGAGAGUCAACUUGGCUCUUAUCAGAGAUUCUUGAGUUAAAGGCUUAAUUGCUCUCUAGCACGCUACAGAAAAUAUAUUUAUUAUUAAAUCAUUAAACCAAUGUAUUUAAACAAAAUUACCCAGUUCGUAUCACCAGAAAUCAUUCUCCCUAUGAAUAAUGUACAUAAGCACUAGAUAAACCACAUUACAUUUUUGCUUUGAAUGAACUGAUAUCCGAUCAUACUGAUUUUAUAUUCUCAACACUCCUCUUGACUGGUUGAACCAAACACUGUUGCCUCUGGGUUCAAUACUAAGCUGUACAUGUUUCCCAAAAGUGUUUUUUCAUCCCCUUGAGUCAGUACCAGCUACUUUGCAGUGAGGAAACCAAAGGCCUAAAGUUCAAUUUUGACUAUUAAAACUAUAUCCAGUGAAAGGUAGGAUUCAAAUUGAAGUUAAUCCAGAUUUUUGAGCCCUUGUGACUUGCAAAGCUGUUUUAGAAAUUCAGUCAAAUAUUGUAAUGGUCAUGCAAUUCAGAUACAUUUAUCCAUUAUAAAAGCAAAACUAUUCAACUUG